AUGUCUUCUCCGAACAACACCAAAGGUGCACGUGUUAUUGCAGCCAAAGCACCCCGUCAACGACCCUCUUCCGUCACCGCCGAGCAGACUAUCUCUCAACUACUCUGUACCCGCCCAUGGCUCUCACGCCCUCAGUCCGUGUCCGAACAAGAUCGCUUCAUCAUCUACUGUCGCGACAACCUCGUUCCCGGCGCCACCGGUCCGAAAGACUGGAAUGAAGUGACUGCCGAAUUCAACGAGAAGUUCCGCGAGCAGUUAAAGCCAUUGGCAUGGAAGACGCUGAGCAAACGCUGCGGCGUCGCCCGAAAAAUCUUUCUCGGCGAAAACGAAGACUACGCCCGCGUACUCACGUACCCAGUCCCAGACAUCGAUGCAGAAGGAGAUUCAGACGAGGACGUAGACAUGGACACACAAAUGACCAAAGCCCUCCUCUCUAUACCCUCCACACGCUCGAUGCCCGGAUUCUACGACCCAGCAUCUAUCUCAGACACGUACAUCACGCCCACGACCCGCGCCAAAUUCCACAUCCGCAGCCGCACCGCCUCGUUCGUGCGCUUCCACUUCCUCAACCCACACGAGGACCGCCUGGUAAAAGACAACCCGCAGUGCGUCGAUAUCGAGAUACUGGUUGCCAACUCACCUUUCUACGCCCGAAAUCUGCAGCGAAAUACACACUUCACUGUCAUCGAUGUCCCCGAGAAGUUCACCGCACGCACGGUCAAUGUGUUCAUUCAAGUCAUCGCUCCCGUGCGUGCAACGCGGCUGCCAGAACAUUACCUGUGGAAAGCACAGGCGGCUACACCAGGGGUGUACGACCGAUUCGGCGCGGUGAAGGCAGAGAAGAUAGACUGGACGGUGGAAGGGCUGCUUGAUCUGCUGUUUUUCGCACAGAUACUCGAGGUGGAGUGGGUUGUCGACAUGGUUAUCGAUCGGCUUCAUUUCCUGUUUGUGGAGCGGAAGCGGCUCAGUCAGGUGACUACUGAUGCGGUGGUGAGUGACAUUCAGCGUGUCGCUGGUCGCUCGCGGGCAUCAAUGGCAGCUAUGCACCCGACGAAGCUCAGCGCAGAGGACUUCGGACAAGGCGUUGUUACGCAUUUGGCGGAGAACUCGAAGGACGUGCAGACGCUGCGGUUCAUUGUGGAUCUGAUGAGUGGGCUGGGUGGCCAGGCGGAUGCGAAUUGGAUUUCCAGGAUGUCAGACAGAGUAAAGCAGGUCUUUAAUUAUGCGUCGGAGGAGUGUUUGAUUAACUGCUCGCGCGAAGAGUAUUGCAAGCGGUACCAUCAUCAUCCGCACACUGCACGCGGUUGCUACACAUCUUCCGUCAACCAUCCGCCCACUACGUUCAUCAAAGCGCUCUACCACUUUGCUACCCCAGAGGAGCUGAUCCGCCACUCGAAUGGACUUUUGCCGAGUGUUGUAAGCGGCAUGUCGCACACUGAGUUGAGUAAGCUGAGGGAGGACAACUCGUCGCCUGAGAUGUUGAACGCUGAAAAGAAGGUCCUGGAGAUGGAGAGCCGCUUAGAGAAGGCAAAGGCUGCUUUGAGAUCGGCACGAGAUGCGUCGGGGGUUGAAAAGCAGCAUGCGAUGCGAGAGGCGGGCAAAGCUGUUGAGGAGAUGUAUGGGCCCAGUCAGCUCUAG